GUGUGUGUAUGUAUGUGGGCAUGCGCGUUGGAGUGAGCUUGUAUGUGUGGGUCUGCUUGAUUUCCGAUUCUGUAAGGUAAUAGUUUCUUCUGUAAAAUUAAGAUGAAAGGUAAUCGUUUCAUCUGUAAAAUUACAGGGCGAAUCAGGACCACAGGGAUCACAAGGACCUCCAGGGUUGAAGGGCCAGCCUGGGUCUCCAGGGAUGCAAGGCCUGCCAGGAUCCAGAGGACCACCAGGAGAGGGCAAAGUUGGACCAGAGGGACAAACUGGACCUGCCGGAGAGAGAGGGAGUCAGGGAAAUCCAGGGCCAACUGGUGUGGCAGGGCCUCAGGGUCCCGCUGGACACAAUGGUUUACCCGGAAGACCAGGUGAAAAAGGAUCCACAGGAGAGCCUGGAAAAGCUGCAGAUCUAUCUGACCUGAACCUAAAGGACAUGUGCUCUGACUGCCCGCCUGGCCCUGUAGGGCCCUCUGGCAUCCCAGGCGUACCAGGCGAUAAAGGCCUGCAAGGACCUCCAGGCAAAAACGGCCAAGAUGGCUACCAGGGUCAGCCAGGGCCAACAGGUCCAGCUGGGCCACCAGGGCAGGAGGGAGCGAAGGGCGGCAAAGGUGACCGAGGCCCUGCUGGCGGACCUGGAGACAAAGGUGAAAAGGGACCAGCCGGACCUCCCGGAUACCCAGGAACCACAGGCAUGACAGGCCCAGCGGGUACUGAUGGAAACCCCGGCCCCAUUGGCCCUUCAGGGCCCUCAGGAGAGAAGGGUAAAGAAGGAUCCAAGGGAAUCCAGGGGCCUCCAGGUCUUCCAGGAAUAAUGGGGGCGGCUGGAAAAAUAGGAAAAGAUGGCAGACCAGGGGAACCUGGCGAGUCUGGUAAACAAGGCGAGACGGGGCCGCCGGGCCGGGAUGGACUCAGAGGACUUCCUGGAUUCAAGGGCCAUAGAGGUGAACCAGGACCACCUGGAGGAAAGGGAGAAGAUGGCAAAGCGGGUAACUCAGGACGGGAAGGCCAACCUGGAAAAGAUGGCAGCACUGGACCUCCAGGAUCCGAGGGCACCAUGGGGCCUAGAGGAGAGCGGGGCUCACCAGGAGAGUCAGGACCAUCAGGAAAGUCGGGAACUCCAGGCACUCCUGGUACUGCUGGAACUAAGGGAGAGAAUGGAAACCCAGGUUUGCCAGGAUUCCCUGGUCCUAAAGGGCCCUCAGGUCCUGCUGGUCCCAUUGGUCCAGAGGGAAAACAGGGAAUGCCAGGCAAACAUGGGGACCGUGGAACUAAGGGUGAAAAGGGUGACUCAGGUAUCAAGGGAGACAAAGGCCCCACCGGUGACCCCGGAAUGCCCGGGGCCGCUGGAACUCCUGGCAGGAAGGGCCACACGGGCAUGAUGGGAAUGUCAGGUCCUCCAGGGGAGUCUGGACCACCUGGCACUGCUGGAAACCCAGGACAGCCAGGCCAGCCUGGAUCUCGGGGAGAGUCACCAUCAAUUGAAACAAUGCGAAGGCUCAUCCAAGAAGAGCUAGCCAAACAGCUGGAAGUCAAGUUCGCAUACUACAUGGCCCAGAUGCAGCCAACACAUGUGAAGAGUACAUCUGGCCGACCUGGACCUCCAGGAUCCCCGGGCAAAGAUGGCAGCCCUGGUAGACCCGGCGGCCCUGGAGAGCCUGGCAUGCCAGGCCAGCAGGGAUCCGAUGGACCACGCGGCCCAUUGGGCCCUAAAGGUGAACGAGGAGGAAGGGGUGAGAAAGGAGAGGAUGGUGUUGGUCAGAGAGGUGAACAAGGCCCUACUGGUCCCAUAGGUCCUGCUGGCGUACCCGGUUACGGCAAAGAUGGGCUUCCUGGAGCAGCAGGAUCCCAAGGAGAACCUGGCAACCCCGGACCUCACGGCCAACCGGGUCCUACUGGCCCAACUGGGCAGUGCGACCCCUCGCAGUGUGCCUACUAUGCCAGCCUGGCGUCGAGACCCAAAAACGUCAAAGGGAAAUAGGAUGGGGUCACCUCGCCCCACAUCCCCAAGGAAUGCAGCCUACCAAUGAACUCAGUGUUGCAGUGAACCAAGAACUUUUCCUAGAGAGAUUUAUAACAUUAACCUCAGCGUGGGAGGUUUUGAGGAAUGUGUGGUGCCCGUCAGAAUAUCUGUGUUUUUGUUUUGUUUGUUGUUUUGUUUGUGUAUUGUUUAUUUGUUUGUUUGUGUGUCUGGUUGAGUGGAUGAGUUUAUGGAUGCGGGGUGUGCAAGAGGGGCUCAGACGGGCGACCUUCUGUUUUGCGGUUUCCUAGCCACGACGUAAUAGCAGCAUCCAUCUCAUGGUGUACACAUCUCUCACCCUGCCACCGGUCCAUACCAGGAAUCGGCACAGAGCAGGUCUUCAGUCAGCGCUUACAAAAAUUAAUCCAUUGUUAGGGAGGCGGGCGGACGGUUGUGUGUGUGUUUUUUUUGGAGUCAGCUGGUAAUUAUCUAGUCUGGGGACCUAUCUGCUAGAUUUUUCUUAUUGACGGGUGGGCAGUCUGCUGGGAAAAACAGUCGGAGAAUUGCUGUUUCAGUUAUCGACAGUCAGCCGCUGGCGAGAUCAUUAGUGAUCCCACACGUGCUGGUGAACUACUCACUCCGAGCUUUCUCUCUUUGCCCCCCUGUUUGCCUCUUAUAGGUUGCUGUUUCUGAGUUGCCUGUCUCUGGUAUCUACUAAUGAAUAUCAACCUCUUCUGCUUGAUAAAUGAAGAAAAUCAAUAUUUUAUCUCAAACACUUACAGCCUUAUUAGCGCUGUGAAUGCCAAAUGUUGCCUCAUCUAUGGCAUCUCCCAGCAUGAAAUAAUGAUACAUUAGCAGAGGAAUCUUGCGUUGUAAAUAAAGGCUGAGUACCGACACCAUUGGAACACAGAAGGAAGUAUAAUCAGUGCAUCUAGAAUGAAUCAAUAGCUCAAUGUUUUUAGCGACUGAGUGAUUCCUGGAGAAAUGAAAAGAACAGUUGAAAAAAGUGUGACCCCAGGAAGUUCAUAAUGAUCACAGCCUCGGCUAC